ACCGCCCGCCCGCGCAGAGCCGAGCGCGGCGCGGAGAAGAUGGCGACCGCCAUGUACUUGGAGCACUACCUGGACAGUAUUGAGAACCUUCCCUGUGAGCUGCAGAGGAACUUCCAGCUGAUGCGAGAGCUGGACCAGAGGACAGAAGAUAAGAAGGCUGAGAUCGACAUCCUAGCUGCUGAGUACAUCUCCACAGUGAAGACCCUCUCCCCAGACCAGCGCGUGGAGCACCUGCAGAAGAUCCAGAGCGCCUACAGCAAGUGCAAGGAGUACAGUGACGACAAGGUGCAGCUGGCCAUGCAGACCUACGAGAUGGUGGAUAAGCACAUCCGAAGGCUCGACGCAGACCUGGCACGCUUCGAGGCGGACCUGAAGGACAAACUGGAGAACAGCGACUUUGAGAGUUCUGGAGGACGAGGGUUAAAAAAAGGUCGGGGCCAGAAAGAGAAAAGAGGCUCCCGGGGCCGAGGCAGGAGGACGUCUGAAGAAGAUACCCCAAAGAAGAAGAAGCACAAAGGAGGGUCUGAGUUUGCAGAUGCCAUCCUCUCGGUGCACCCUUCCGACGUGCUGGACAUGCCUGUGGAUCCCAAUGAGCCCACCUACUGCCUGUGUCACCAGGUGUCCUAUGGGGAGAUGAUUGGCUGUGAUAACCCUGAUUGCCCCAUCGAGUGGUUCCACUUCGCGUGUGUGGACCUCACUACGAAGCCGAAAGGAAAAUGGUUCUGUCCACGGUGUGUUCAGGAAAAGAGAAAGAAGAAGUAGGGAGAGGCCAUGUGCCGUGGGUCAGAAGAGCGAGCUAAUGUUCUUCUCCGUUCGUGUUACAGUAUUUUACGUUCAUCUGAAAGCUACCUUGUUUUGACUGAUGUUUAAUAACUCAGUGGCCAGUUGUCAUUCUCGGUGUUUCAGAGCAAACAGGGAACCAGCCGAAACCCAUUUGCACGGAGGAGUGCCCCUCUGGGAACACGCCACCGUGACUUUACUUUGCUGACUUUUUAUGCAGACCUCACCCUGCCCGAGCACGCACGCAGUCACUGCGGCGGCGUGGACGGCAAGGUCAUCACCUGGUACACUGCCACUACCCUGCGAUCAUAGGUGUGAACCUCUGUGGGUCUGUGUGGGGCUUGUAGACCUGACUGGUGCAGCACGGGGUCCCAUCUCCCCCUUGCCGUGAGGUGUGUGUGGGCACGGGUCUGCAGCUUGGCCCUUGACGCAGUGACUGCAGGCCCUUGGCCAGGUUGUGCUUACCGAAGGAGGAACCCUGCUUUUGCAUGCACGGCCCCUCGUGUGAGCAUCCACUCCCCACCUGGAGUGAGGGAUGUCAGUCACCCUGGCUGUCACUGGGGCCGUGUCUCAGGCCUGCUGACUCCAUGUCUCUGGGAACCCUGGUGUUUUUACUGUGAAGGGAAGUGAGUGUGUUCGCAUGAAGACAGUUGCCCUGGUGUGUGUGGGAGCCCACCACCGUGGCCUGGUGUUAGCCGUCUGUAUGCUCCUUGCUGGAGCAGAAGCUUUCACCCAGGGGACUCCGAUUACGUCGCCCAUGAGUUUUGGUGAUGUGACAGCAGUUCUGGAGCAGCUCUCACCAGACCGAUUCCCACUGUCUUUCUGGGGAAGGCUGGGGAACACCAUGUCCAUCUGGCCUGUGGGAGUGUGUGUGACGAAGCGUGGAGAUGGGGUGCAGAGGGCAGUGGUGAGAGCGUGCUGCACCGCCGGCAAGCCCUCCAGCAUGCAUUUCAAGAAAGGAGAGGGCUCCUGUCCUCAUCCUGGAAAAGAGACCUGUGUGGUGGGAUUGAGAUGUGAAAUUCCCACUUUAAGAAGAACCAAUGAUUUUUUGUGGAAAGAACAGUAGGGCUGUAGCCUUCUGCUGACCCCAUUGACUCUGUGUUCUGAUGUUUUGCCAACGAGAGGAAAUAAGGGCGGAGCUCGUGGGGCUACUAUAUCCAGGCGAGCACCUCCAAGGGGUGAGGGGCUGUAUCUGGUGAGCACCCUCCUCAGGGUGAGCCGGUGCUUGGUAAGGGACUUCUGUCUGGGUGGGCAUCUCCACGGGGUGAGAGACUGUGUCCAGUGAACACCCUCUGUGGGGUGAGGGGCUAUGUCCAGGUUGCCGCCUUGGGUCUGGGCAGUUCAGGGUGGUGCUCAGGGCAAGCCGGUGCUCGGUGGGUGGAAACAAGGUGCCCAGGAACCACCGUCAUGUGGACAACAACGUAAAAAGGCAUCUAGUCUGUGGUCCUCAUCCAGGCUUCUCACCAGUUCACACAGGUUCAGGCAUGGCUGACAAGGCGAAACUGAAACAGACCCGAAUUUUUACGGUUGGAGUGAUCUGGAACAGUAACUGGAAUGGGAAAAACUACGGGUCGAAGCCCUGGAGUGGGAAACUCAGAAGAGGCGUAGUGAGCCCUUUCAGGGGCCUGAUGCAUGAGAUUGGAUUAUUGGCAGGACUGUGGAGAGCAACACACAUUCAAAGCAGCAUGGUCAGCUGCCAUCUUUGAGCAGGGCACUGGUGUUUGCAACUCUGUUCAAAAUUCGAAGGGCGAGAGAGAUGGUUGCUAUGCAACACGGAUGCUGCCUUUGUUUUCUA